GAAAGCGGCAACAAAAGGCAUCUCCGGAGCCCGAGACUUCCCGCCCUUCCACCUGUGGAGCCACUCCAGCCAUAUCGCAGGGAAAUGGGCGGCCGCGCCUGCGGGUGGCAGCUGCUGCUCCCGGCUCUGCUGCUCCUCGGCGGCGUUCAGGGUCAGCUUCGAGGUUUAUUUCCUGCCAUUCUAAACCUAGCUAGUAACGCUCAUAUCAGCACUAAUGCUACUUGUGGUGAAAAAGGCCCUGAAAUGUUUUGUAAACUUGUGGAGCACGUUCCAGGCCGACCCCUACGUAAUGCACAGUGUCGAAUUUGUGAUUACAAUAGUGCAAAUUCCAAAGAACAACAUCCUAUCUCAAAUGCUAUAGAUGGUACUAAUCACUGGUGGCAAAGUCCUAGCAUUCAGAAUGGAAGAGAAUACCAUUGGGUAACAAUAACUCUAGACCUAAGACAGACCUUUCAAGUUGCUUACAUCAUCAUAAAAGCUGCUAAUGCUCCAAGGCCUGGAAACUGGAUUUUGGAACGUUCUGUGAAUGGUAUUGAAUUCAGCCCUUGGCAAUACUAUGCAAUUAGUGAUACCGAGUGUCUAACUAGAUACAACGUGACACCAAGACUUGGUCCUCCUACAUACAAGAAAGACAAUGAAGUUAUAUGCACUUCCUAUUAUUCUAAACUUGUUCCACUUGAGCAUGGAGAGAUACACACAUCACUGAUCAAUGGGAGACCCAGUGCUGAUGACCUUUCACCAACAUUACUGGAGUUUACCUCUGCAAGAUAUAUCCGUCUCCGAUUGCAGCGGAUAAGAACUCUUAAUGCUGAUCUCAUGACACUUAGUCACCAUGAUCCUAAAGAUGUUGAUCCUAUUGUUACAAGAAGGGUGUCUCCUUACGACAACCAUCCUUGCCGUCCAUGUGAGUGUGAUUUAUUUGGGUCCUUUGGCUUUGACUGUGUUAAGGAUAAUAAUCAUGCUGACCCCCAAAGAGGUAUUCAUCCAGGUCAAUGUCAUUGCAAGGAAGGGUAUGCUGGAAAAAAAUGUGACUAUUGUGCCUUUGGCUACAAAGGUUAUCCAAAUUGCAUACGCUGUAAUUGUAGCCUCGUUGGCAGCAUAAAUGACGAUCCAUGUACUGAACCUUGCCUUUGCAAAGAAAAUGUAGAAGGAGAAAAUUGUGACCGUUGCAAAUCUGGAUUCUAUAAUCUCCAAGAAAGAAACCCACAGGGUUGCACGGAAUGCUUCUGUUUUGGUGUUUCUGAUGUGUGUGAAAGUCUUCCUUGGUCCGCUACUAAGGUGUCUUCUAUGACUGGGUGGGAGAUGACAAUUCCAUAUUCUUCAAAAACUAUGAAACCCCAAGAAGAUCAGUUUGAUAAAUCUCAUCAAAUAAGUAUUAAUGACACUGAGGUUGCAAAAGUACUAAACCCUCCUUAUUACUGGUCUGCACCUAAAUCAUACCUUGGAAAUAAGCUCACUGCCUUUGGUGGCUAUUUAAAGUAUACCGUGUCAUACGAUAUUCCCAUGGACAGUACAGAUAGUGACUUGGUAUCUAGUGUCGAUGUUAUUAUCCAGGGCAAUGGACAUAUUCUGUCUACAAGAUCUGAAGGGCUGUCUUUACAACCAUAUGAGGAAUAUUCCAGUACAGUGCAUCUUAUAUCUGAAAACUUUGUUGAUUUUAAUACGAAGAAGUCAAUAGAUCGUGACACCCUGAUGACUGUUUUAGUUAAUGUGACCCAUAUUCUACUAAGGGCCAGUUACAACACUGCAGAAAAAUCUGUAUAUAGGUUGGACUCUGUGACUUUGGAUACAGCAAAUGCUAAUCUCAUAGAUCUGUCUUCAGCUGUACAUGUAGAAUAUUGUGAAUGUCCACAGGGUUACUCUGGAAUAUCUUGUGAAUCCUGUGUUCCUGGGUACUAUCGAGUGGAUGCAAUACUUUUCGGAGGGAUUUGCCUGCCGUGUGAUUGCAAUGGUCAUGCAACUGAGUGUGAUAGUCAUGGUGUUUGUAUUGCUUGUGAGCAUAAUACCACAGGGCAAUCUUGUGAGCAGUGUUUGCCAGGAUUCUACGGAAUGCCUUCCAGGGGAACCACAGAAGAUUGCCAGCCAUGUGCCUGUCCACUGAGAAGUGCUACUAACAAUUUCAGUCCUACUUGUCAUUUGGAUAGCAGAGGUGAAGUUGUCUGUGAUAAAUGCGCUCCAGGUUAUUCAGGAGUCAGAUGUGAAAGAUGUACAAAUGGAUAUUAUGGCAAUCCUUUAUUGCCAGGAAAACCUUGUAUUCCUUGUGACUGCAAUGGCAAUGUAAACCCAUUGGAAGAUGGCCACUGUCAUUCAGUUACAGGGGAGUGUUUGAAAUGCAUUGGAAAUACUGUGGGACGUCACUGUGAAAGGUGUGCUGAUGGCUAUUAUGGGGAUGCAGUGACCAACAAACAUUGUUAUGCUUGUGAAUGUGACAUAAAUGGCUCGGUUUCCAACAUCUGUCAUCAUGAAACUGGUCUCUGCCAAUGCAAAGCCAAUGUAGUCGGAAAGAGAUGUGAUAAAUGCUUGUUUGGUUAUUAUGGCCUCAGUACUACAGCUAGUUGCCUUCCCUGCCAUUGCAGUAAAAUUGGCUCAGCUGAAGAAGAUUGUAAUGAAGGAGGACAGUGUCGCUGUGCACUAGGAGUGGCUGGAGACAAGUGUCAUAAUUGUGCUCCAGGGUUUUAUGCAUUUCAGGAGGGUGGUUGCAAACCUUGUGAUUGUGCUCAUACUCACAAUACUUGUGAUAAAGAUUCGGGACAAUGCAUUUGUCCUCCUCAUACAACUGGAGAAAAAUGUGAACUCUGUGAAGAAAAUUUCUGGGGUCAUGAUACAGAAAAGGGAUGCAAGGCUUGCAAUUGUAGUCAUUUAGGUUCUCUCAGUCUCCAGUGUGACCAGUUGACUUCUCAGUGCCAAUGUAAGCAAGGUUAUGGAGGAGACAGGUGUUCCCUGUGUGCUUUAGGUUACAGGGACUAUCCUGAUUGUAUCCCUUGUGACUGUGAUAUCCGUGGGAGUAAAGCAGAGAUGUGCAAUCAAGGAAUCUGCAGCUGUGAAGAGGAAACGGGUGUGUGUGUUUGCAAGGAAAAUGUGUUUGGAUUGCACUGCAAUGAAUGCAAAAGCGGGACCUUUGCUCUACAUGCUGUAAAUCCUUUGGGAUGCACCCCUUGCUUCUGUUCUGGCAUGACAGAACUCUGUGCAGAAGUAGAAGGUUAUGUGCGAGUUCCGGUAACACUGACUCCAGAACAGGAACUAUUACACGUGGUUUCUCUUAGUAACUUUACUGGAACAAGUGAAGGUGUAUUUUUUCAAUUUCCAGACAUAGUAAUGGAUGCGGCAACAGUCCGCCAAUACUUGAAUGCAGAACCCUUUUACUGGAAAUUACCAGAUCAGUUCCAGGGAAACCAGAAUACUUGGAAAUACUUUAAUGCUGUUUCAGAUGAAUCUGUUUCACAUUCUGACUUCAUGUCAGUUCUGAGCCAUAUUGAAUAUAUUCUUAUCAAGGCUUCAUAUGGUCAAGGGUUGCAACAAAGCAGAAUCUCAAAUGUCUCCAUGGAAAUUGCAGUGAAAGCUGAUCACAUGCCCUGGGCCAAGGAACCAGCUCAUCACAUUGAAAAAUGCCUGUGCCCUCGAGGUUAUGCAGGACUAUCCUGUCAGGACUGUGCAGCAGGAUACUAUAGGGAGAGGCAUGAAAACGCACACCUAAAAGUGUUGCCCUCAGUAGUUUCACUGUGUGUGCCCUGCCAGUGCAACAAUCACAGCAGUGCUUGUGAUCCAGAAACAGGGAAAUGUUCGGACUGCAAAGAUAAUACUGUUGGUGAUCAUUGCAAUAUUUGUGCCCCUGGUUAUUACGGCAAAAUUAAAGGAUCCAUCAAUGAUUGUUCACCAUGUGCAUGUCCAAGAAUGAGUCCUGAAAGCUUUAGUCCAACAUGUGUUGCAAAAGAUAUAAAGGAUUUCCAUUGCAAUAAUUGUGUCACUGGAUAUGAAGGGCAGUAUUGUGAAAGCUUGUGAUGAUGACUGUACAGGGCAGUUGUUGGAUGAUCUGGAUAAUUUUGGCAAAGCUAUGCUUUUGGUAAACUUUACUGGUGCUAUCUUGGCACCUUAUGGAACACUUUCAGACUUGGAAAAUGCCACAAAACAUUUAAAGGAAUCUUUGGGGAUUGAAGAAAGUUCAAACUCUUUAAUGAAAAUUAUGAAUGGCAAUCUUGAUACAAUAUCAAAUGUUUCAGAUGAGUACUACAAAGAGUGCUUGUGGAAAUGGCAGCUACUAUUAACAUGACAGGUGCUAGUGAUUUCCCACAAUCAAAUAAAACACUUCAGAAAUUGCAAGAUGAUAUUCCCAAGAGGUUGGACAUAAUGCGUGGAAGAUAUUUCCAGCAACUGCAUCAAGAUAGUAUACAUGAAUUAAAAGAUGCAGAAAAAUUGCUGACACAAAUCCAGAGAGAAUAUUGGAGACCACAGCAAAAAAUUAAGGACUUUCAAAAAGCAGCAAAACUUGCCUUAUCUGACCAUAGCAUCAAACAUCAAGAAGCCCAAGAUGUUGUUAAUAUAGCAAACAGUAACACUGAAGAGGCCAGACGUCUGCUUGUUCCUAUUAAUAACAACCUCAAUGAGUUCAAUAAUAAAAAGCUGAAUGUUAAAGAAGACGAGGAGCUCUCUGUUACACUGAUAAAAGAAGGAAAAAUCCAAACAACUGCUGCUGCCACCUUUGCGAGGGAUAUAUUUAAUUCCACGUCUGAUCUAGAAAUCCACCAGGAUGAAUUGAUGUUAUGGAGUAGUAAAUUAAGACAACAUGUGGAUGACCUGGUUAUGCAGAUGUCUACUCGAGGCGCUCUUGAACUUGUCUAUAAGACAGAAGAUCAUGCUGCUGAGUUGGAAAAAAAUGUUCAUGAAUUAGACAGUGGCCUUUUGAAUGUUAGAAAUGUGACUGUGAACGUGACAAAUUCUGUCUAUGUGUACUCUACUAUCAGAAAUCUAGUUGAAAGUGCAGAGAAUCUGGCAAGUGAUGUCACUAAGAUUAUCUAUGAACCAAUACAUGUGCAAAGAGGGCCCUUUAACACUACUGGGAAAAAUGUUCUUCAGCUUAGCUCCACAGUCUUAAUGGAUGCAAAACAUCUUCACAAGAAGUAUGAUGGACUCAGGUCAGGGUUAAAUGAAAUUAAUAUAAAAGUGGAAAGGCUUAAAGCGAAAGCCAGUGGAAUUGCUAAAAGGUUUAAUGAUUCCCUACUUCAGCUGACUGCAUUGCCCAGAGAUACUAAUGAAAAUAUUUUGGCAAUAAAAGGGCUAGCUCUUUCUGCUAAUUUGACUGCCCUUAAUGGUAUACGCCGUACUGACGGUUUUAGUGAGAAGCUGUGGAAUUCUUCAUCUGCAUUAUCUAAAGUUAAUGAUACGUUGCAGAAAACAAAUGAACUUAUAAUUGACUCAACAAAUGCUGCAGCAUCAGCUGAAAAAAAAGUGAAUGAAGUUGAAAUCCAGGCUGGUCUGUUAUAUGGAAGAUUGAAACCUUUGAAAAUACUGGAAGAGAAUUUAAGCAGAAACAUCUCUGAAAUUAAAGAGCUCAUAAACCAGGCUCGCAAACAGGCGGCUUCUAUUAAAGUUGCAGUAUCUGUGGAAAAAGACUGUAUUCGGGCCUACCAACCCCAGAUAUUAUCUACUAACUACAAUACAUUAACAUUAAAUGUUAAAACAAUGGAACCUGACAAUCUUUUGUUCUAUCUGGGUAGCAAUGGUAAAACUGAUUUCAUGGCAGUGGAGAUGAGACGUGGCAAGGUAGCCUUCCUGUGGGAUUUGGGGUCUGGAUCAACAAGACUGGAAUACCCUGAUUUAUCUAUUAACAACAAUAAGUGGCAUAGAAUACACGCUACAAGGUUUGCGAAAACUGGCACUCUGAGUGUAGAGGAGACUAGUUCUCCUCAGAAGCCCGUCAGAAGAAGUGCCACGUCCCCUGGAACAGCCACUGUGCUAGAUGUAAAUCCAUCAACUCUAAUGUUCAUUGGUGGACUUGGAGGACAAAUCAAGGUGAAAGGUUUACUCCCACAGUAUGAAGAUCCUUCAUUUAAUUUUGAUGGCAGUGGAUAUUCAGUGGUGGAGAAAGCACUUCGCUCCACUGUGACCCAGAUAAUUGUAUUUUUCAACACUUUUUCAACUAAUGGACUCUUAGUAUACCUGGCUUCCAAUGGCACAAAGGAUUUUUUGUCUCUGGAGCUUGUUGAUGGCAGAAUUAAAGUAACCGUUGAGCUUGGCUCAGGUCCACUUACACUUAAAACAGAAAACCGCUACAAUAAUGGAACAUGGUAUAAACUUUCAUUCAGCCGAAACAAAAAGGAAGGGAUUUUGGCGGUCAUGGAUGCUUAUAGCCUCAAUUCUAAAGAAAUCAAGCAAGGAGAAUCCCCUGGUGUUGCCUCUGACCUGAAUCGUUCUGAUAAAGAGCCAAUUUACAUUGGAGGGUUACCACGAUCAAGGACAGUAAGGAAAGGGGUUCAAAGCAGAACCUUCGUGGGAUGCAUGAAGAACUUGGAAAUAUCCCGAUCUACUUUUGACUUGCUUAAAAAUUCAUAUGGUGUGAGAAAAGGCUGCAUCCUAGAGCCUAUACGCAGGUCUAAUAUCUUACAUAAUGGUUACAUUGAGUUGCCACCCAAACCCCUUUUGGUGGAAUCUGAACUUAUGGCUACUUUUUCUACAAAGAACUCCAGUGGAAUCAUUCUUGUAGGGCUUAGCAAAGGUGAAGCAAAACGAAGACGCAGGCAAGUCCAUCUUCCCUUUUUCUCCAUCAUGCUAGUGAAUGGUCACUUGGCUGUGCAGGUCCUUGCUGGUGACCGAGCAACUGCAAAAAGGGUCCUGGUCAAGUCUACCAAUGGAACUUACAGUGAUGGAAACGAACAUUCUGUUAUCCUCACUCGGAAUAAGAGAAUAAUAAAUGUACAAGUGGAUGAUAGUAAACCUGAAGAAAUUAGACUUGGACUAAUGGCAGAAAGCAGACCAAUUAAUAUAUCAAAGCUCUUCAUUGGUGGAAUUCCUGCUGGAGAAAGCAUUUCUGGAUUAAUAAUCAUGGAUUCUUUCUAUGGUUGUAUAGCUAAUGUGAUAUUUAACACAGAAUUUCUGGAUUUCACCACUGCAGUAAGGUAUGAAGGUGUUGAUAUGGACAGCUGCUUUCAUUCAGAAACAUCUAAGCCUGCUAUUCAACCAGUAGACUUUGAAAUCCGAUCUGAAACGCAGAUGCUGCCAAGUUCUCUAAAGUCUUUUUCACAGACUAAGGAAAAACAGUGUGCAAAAAGGGGAGAGCUGAAGUACAUUUCCAAUGCCCAUCAGUUUGGCGUUAACAAAAACAGUCAUUUAAUGUUACUUUUCAAUCAGUCUACAGUAAGAAAAAAGUUUUCUGUCCAAUUAAGCAUCAGGACCCUUGCUUCUAGUGGUCUAAUAUACUACACAGCUCAUCAGAAGCAAGUUGAUUAUGCAGCCCUUCAACUACAAGAAGGAAAGCUUCGUUUUGCAUUUGAUCUUGGAAAAGGACAGUCAAUAGUUUCUCAUGAAGCAAUGAUCAGCGAUGGAAAAUGGCAUACGGUAAAAACAGAUUAUGCUAAAAGGAAAGGUGUAAUCAUAGUUGAUGGGCAGGCAACUGAAGCUGUCAAUGUUUCAGGUGACGGAAGCACCUUGGAUGUGGAUGGGAAAUUGUAUUUGGGAGGUCUACCCUUAGGUUACCUCACAAAGAACAUUAGAAAUAUUACUCACAGCAUUCCUGCAUGUAUUAGUGAAGUAACCAUUAAUAGCAAGCAAUUAGAUAGUCUGGUUUCAAUUUUUGCUGUGAAUAAAUGCUAUGCUGCAAUCCAGAAAGGAACUUACUUUGAUGGAAGUGGUUUUGCUGUUCUUGUUAGGGAAGGCUAUAAAGUCAGAUCUGAAGUUAACAUUACAUUUGAAUUUCGUACGAAUGUUGUGAAUGGAAUUCUUUUUGGAAUCAGUAGUGCUAAAAUAGAUGCCAUUGGGCUGGAAAUUGUAAAUGGAAAGAUUUUAUUCAAUGUCAAUAAUGGAGCUGGCAGAAUAACGGCUUCCUAUGAACCAAAAGGAAUGUCUAAUAUGUGUGAUGGACAGUGGCACAAAGUGGAGGCUAGGA